AUGAAGAUACUUUUAAAAAAAAUGCGUUUACAAACUAAUGAAGAUUUUAUGAAAAUUGCUGUUGAUGAAGCUGAAGUUGGUGUUAAUGGCAAUCAUGGUGGACCUUUUGGUGCUGUUGUUGUAAAAAAUGGAGAAAUUAUUGCUACUGGACAUAAUAUGGUUCUUAUUAAUAAUGAUCCAACUUGCCAUGCUGAAGUAACAGCUAUUAGAAAUGCAUGUAAAGUAUUAAAUAAUUUUAAUCUUAAAGAUUGUAUUAUGUAUACAAGUUGUUAUCCAUGCCCAAUGUGUAUGGGAGCAAUUUUAUGGUCAGGUAUUGAAACAUGUUAUUAUGCUGCCAAUUCAAAAGAGGCAGCUUCUGUUGGUUUUGAUGAUGAAGAUUUUCAUUUAUUUUUACAAGGAAAACAAUCUAAAGUUAAAACAACAAUGAAUGAAUUGAAAGUUGAUGAGUAUAUGAAACCAUUUCAUAUUUGGAAUCAGAAAACUGAUAAAAUCCCUUAUUAA